AUGCCCUCCGCCCCGGAGACCCGCUACUGCGCCGCGGAGAACAGCGGCGACGUGUCCUCCUGUCUGGACAGCAGCCUGCGAACCCAGGCCGAGCCCUCCCCGGGGCCGAGCCGGGAGGAGGAGCCGGGGCGCAAGCGGCGCCGGGGCCGCUGCCGGGCGCGGAACGAGGCUACCCUGCACACGCUGCGGAAGAGCCGGCGGGUGAAGGCGAACGACCGGGAGCGGAACCGCAUGCACAACCUCAACGCGGCGCUGGACGAGCUGCGCGGCGUCCUGCCCACCUUCCCCGAGGACACCAAGCUGACCAAGAUCGAGACGCUGCGCUUCGCCUACAACUACAUCUGGGCCCUCUCCGAAACCCUGCGCCUGGCCGACCACAAAGCGCCGCCGCCGCCGCGGGACCGGCUGCUGCGGCCCGGCUACCUGAGCCCCGCCGCCCCGCCCAGCCCCGGCAGCGAUGCGGGCUCCUGGCUCUCCACCGCCUCCUCCCUGUCCGCCUGCACGUCCAACCCCAGCAGCCCGGCCACCUCCGAGGACUACGGCUACGCGCCCCCCGAGCCCCUCUUCGCCUGCCACGGCCUCCCCGGGGAGCUGCUGCGGAGCGGCUCCUGCUGCGCCGGGUACCCCCAGGCGGACGCUGCUGUGUGA